AGAGCGGGCAGCUCCGGGCUGCUGCGCCACGCGCGCAGAGGACCGGCCGGCGCCGCGGGGCCGGGGGCGCACGGAGAAGGCGACAGCGCGGCGCGGAACGGCGGGCACUCGGGGCCGGCGGGCAGCACCAUGUCCCCGGGGACCGGCGUGAAGAGCGAGUACAUGAAGCGCUACCAGAAGCCGCGCUGGGACGAGUACGGGCCGUGCUACCGCGCGCUGCUCCACUACCGCCUGGGCCGCCGGCUGCUGGAGCAGGCGCACGCGCCCUGGCUCUGGGACGACUGGGGCCCGGCCUGCGCCUCGGACGACUCGGCGUCGUCGGCGUCCUCGGGCGCCGGGGCCCCCGCGCCCCAGUGCGCCCCGGCCUCGCCGCCGCCGCCCGUGGAGCCAGCGGCGCGCGAGGAGCCGGAGCAGCGGGCGCGCGCGGCCCCGGAGGAGGAGCGGGGCGCGGAGGCCGCGGGGGACGCGGAGGCCAGGGACGCGGAGGACGCGGAGGACUCGGCGCUGCCAGCACUGCCAGUGAAAGACAUAAAAGAAAAACCUGAACGACAGAUCAGGACCAGAGAGCCUGACAAAUUACCCAGCAGUACCGAACCUCAACAACCACCAAGUGCCUUACCUGCCAGAGGAAGUAGGAGAGCGGUCAAGAGUCCUCAGAGGUCAUCAACUAAAAUUAAAGAACAUAAGCAUCCGUUUGCCCUUUAUGGGUGGGGAGAAAAACAGACGGAUACAGGAAGCCAAAAAACUCACAACGUCUGUGCUUCUGCCUCAGUGCACGAGAUUCAUGAGUCGGCCCUGCGAGCCAAGAGCAGAAGGCAGGUGGAGAAGAGGCGGCUGGCGGCGCAGCGGCAGCGGGCUCACUCCGCCGCCGAGGACAGAGCCAGGCGGCUCAGGCCUGCCUCGUCGGAGAGCCCGUGGGUGACGGAGUACAUGAGGUGCUACUCCGCCAGAGCUUGAGGGCCGGGACAGCUGCUCGGACAACCUCUUUUAAAAAGCGUAAAUGAAAGAGAGGAAAAAACAAAACGAAAACCGUCGAAAGAAACUGGACACAGGUUUAAGAAACCAACUGAUUAUGCAAGAUUUUUCUUAGGGAAUUUCCAAAAGAUUGUCUCUUUUGAUGAAUCCCGGUCACCUACCUCAGCAGUAGGGUGACAGCUGAAAGCCAUAGACAUUUGGUUAUUUAUGAGAAUUCCCUAAAUCUUUGAUAUUCUUAUAAGGGUUUUGUUUUCAAGCAUCUUAAUCUUUUAAGAUACUGACACCAAAUGCCUUUACAUGGCUUACAGAUUCUUAACUUCAGUAUCUUCCCUCAGUUUAGGUGGAGCCUGUGUUGCUCUGUUCUGAACGAGUUCUGAGAUUCCGUAGCUGGUAAGAUCACACCAGCUGCGGCAGAAGACUCAUUUUCCUUAUGUGUAGAUUUCUUUGUGAAAGAAUAUCACGCUAAAAGUGAGUUUCAACGCUAGUACUGAUGCCAUGUAUAGUGAAAGUAGAGCUUUGGUAGUUCCUAACAAUUAAACCUGCUUUUGCAUUUCAGUUCAGCACCACUUCAUGUGGGCUGUGAUAUUUAAGAAUUAUUGGGCUGGGUGAGGGUCAUCUUUUCUCUUUAAAUUGUCA